AUGGAAAUAGAUGGUUUAGACUACAUGUAUGUUAAAUAUGCCAGGGUUUGGAUCCCAGAUCCAGAGGAGGUUUGGAAGUCAGCAGAACUUCUCAAAGAUUAUAAACCUGGAGAUAAAGUCCUCCAGCUUCGACUUGAAGAGGGCAAGGACCUAGAAUAUUCCCUAGAUCCGAAGACGAAGGAACUCCCACCUUUGCGAAACCCUGACAUACUUGUUGGUGAAAAUGACCUCACAGCACUCAGUUAUCUCCAUGAACCUGCCGUUUUGCACAACCUCAAAGUUCGAUUUAUAGACUCUAAACUAAUCUAUACCUAUUGUGGUAUCGUCUUAGUGGCCAUAAACCCUUAUGAACAACUGCCUAUCUAUGGCGAGGAUAUCAUCAAUGCAUACAGUGGCCAAAAUAUGGGAGAUAUGGAUCCACAUAUCUUUGCGGUGGCUGAAGAAGCAUAUAAGCAGAUGGCCAGAGAUGAGCGGAAUCAGUCAAUCAUUGUCAGUGGGGAAUCUGGAGCUGGAAAGACUGUCUCUGCUAAGUAUGCCAUGAGGUACUUUGCCACAGUCAGUGGAUCUGCCAGUGAAGCCAAUGUUGAGGAGAAAGUCUUGGCCUCCAACCCCAUCAUGGAGUCUAUUGGAAAUGCCAAAACUACGAGGAAUGACAACAGCAGUCGCUUUGGGAAAUACAUUGAAAUUGGUUUUGAUAAGAGAUAUCGAAUCAUUGGUGCUAACAUGAGAACUUACCUCUUGGAAAAAUCAAGAGUGGUGUUUCAGGCAGAAGAGGAGAGAAAUUACCACAUCUUUUACCAACUUUGUGCCUCUGCAGCAUUACCUGAGUUUAAAACUCUACGAUUAGGGAAUGCAAAUCACUUUCACUACACAAAGCAAGGUGGAAGCCCUGUGAUUGAUGGUGUUGACGAUGCUAAGGAAAUGGCAAACACCAGGCAAGCCUGCACUUUGCUAGGAAUUAGUGAUUCCUACCAGAUGGGAAUUUUUCGAAUCCUUGCUGGCAUCCUUCACUUGGGCAACGUGGAUUUUGCAUCUCGGGAUUCUGACAGCUGCACUGUUCCUCCCAAGCAUGAACCCCUCACCAUCUUCUGCGACCUCAUGGGUGUGGAGUAUGAAGAGAUGGCCCACUGGCUUUGCCACAGGAAGCUCGCAACUGCCACCGAAACCUACAUCAAGCCAAUUUCUAAACUUCAUGCCAUCAAUGCCAGAGAUGCACUUGCCAAACAUAUCUAUGCUAAUCUGUUUAACUGGAUUGUAGAUCAUGUGAACAAAGCCCUUCACGCCACUGUAAAACAGCAUUCUUUCAUUGGAGUGCUGGACAUUUAUGGAUUUGAGACAUUUGAGAUCAACAGCUUUGAACAGUUCUGUAUCAACUAUGCCAACGAAAAACUGCAGCAGCAGUUCAAUAUGCAUGUCUUUAAGCUAGAGCAAGAAGAAUAUAUGAAGGAACAAAUACCGUGGACCUUGAUUGAUUUCUACGACAAUCAGCCUUGCAUCAACCUCAUAGAGGCCAAGAUGGGAAUUCUGGAUCUGUUGGAUGAGGAGUGCAAGAUGCCAAAAGGCUCGGAUGACACGUGGGCCCAAAAACUCUACAAUACUCAUUUGAAUAAAUGUGCCCUCUUUGAAAAACCACGUAUGUCAAAUAAGGCUUUUAUCAUCAAGCACUUUGCUGACAAGGUGGAGUAUCAAUGUGAAGGCUUUUUGGAAAAGAACAAAGACACAGUUUAUGAAGAACAAAUUAAGGUCCUAAAAUCAAGUAAGUUUAAGCUGCUACCAGAGCUAUUCCAGGAUGAGGAGAAGGUCCUCAGUCCCACGUCAGCAACCCCUUCGGGGCGUGUGCCUUUGUCUCGCAUGGCUGUAAAACCAGCCAAGGCCAGGCCAGGUCAAACCAGCAAGGAGCAUAAGAAAACUGUGGGACAUCAGUUCCGAAACUCUCUUCAUCUGCUGAUGGAAACCCUGAACGCUACAACUCCACACUACGUGCGCUGUAUUAAGCCUAAUGACUUCAAGUUCCCUUUCACGUUCGAUGAAAAGCGGGCAGUGCAGCAGCUGAGAGCUUGUGGUGUCCUGGAGACCAUCCGAAUCAGUGCAGCUGGCUUCCCCUCCAGGUGGACAUACCAAGAGUUCUUCAGCCGUUACCGUGUUCUGAUGAAGCAGAGAGAUGUCCUUAGUGACCGAAAGCAGACGUGUAAAAAUGUGCUGGAGAAGCUGAUUCUGGACAAGGAUAAGUACCAAUUUGGUAAGACAAAAAUAUUUUUCCGGGCUGGUCAAGUAGCCUAUCUGGAAAAAAUAAGGGCAGAUAAGUUGAGAGCUGCCUGUAUCCGCAUCCAAAAGACAAUCCGAGGCUGGCUGAUGCGAAAGAAGUACGUGCGCAUGAGGAAGGCUGCCAUCACCAUUCAGAGACAUGUCAGAGGGUACCAAGCACGAUGCUAUGCUAAGUUCCUGCGGAGAACCCGGGCUGCCAUCACUAUUCAGAAGUUCCAGCGCAUGUACGUGGUCCGGAAAAAGUACCAGUGCAUGCGAGCUGCCACCAUUGCUCUUCAGGCUCUCUUAAGAGGCUACAUGGCCCGGAACAAGUACCAAAUGAUGCUUCGGGAGCACAAGUCUAUUGUUAUUCAGAAACACGUCAGAGGUUGGCUGGCUCGAGUGCAUUACCGUAGGACCCUGAAGGCAAUUGUUUACUUGCAAUGCUGUUACCGGCGUAUGAUGGCCAAGAGGGAGCUAAAGAAGCUGAAGAUAGAGGCCCGGUCUGUAGAACGCUACAAGAAGCUUCACAUUGGCUUAGAGAACAAGAUCAUGCAGCUGCAGCGAAAAAUUGACGAGCAGAACAAAGAGUACAAAUCUCUGCUGGAGAAGAUGAGCAACCUGGAGAUCACGUACAGUACAGAGACAGAGAAGCUGCGGAGUGAUGUGGAGAGGCUUCGGAUGAGUGAGGAGGAGGCCAAGAACGCGACCAACCGUGUCCUCAGCCUUCAGGAUGAGAUUGCCAAACUCCAGAAGGAGCUGCACCAAACUCAGUCUGAGAAGAAGACCAUUGAGGAAUGGGCAGAUAAAUACAAACACGAGACUGAGCAGCUGGUAUCAGAGCUGAAAGAGCAGAACACAUUACUGAAAACAGAGAAGGACGAGCUGAACAGCCGCAUCCAUGACCAAGCGAAGGAAAUAACAGAGACGAUGGAGAAGAAGCUGAUGGAGGAAACGAAACAGCUAGAGCUAGAUCUGAACGAUGAACGGCUACGGUACCAGAACCUGCUGAAUGAGUUCAGCCGUUUAGAGGAGCGGUAUGAUGAUCUCAAGGAUGAAAUGAACUUAAUGGUGAACAUCCCCAAGCCUGGACACAAAAGAACAGAUUCGACUCACAGUAGCAAUGAAUCUGAAUAUACCUUUAGCUCUGAGAUCACAGAAGCGGAAGAUUUACCAUUGAGAAUGGAGGAACCCAGUGAGAAGAAGGCACCGUUGGAUAUGUCUCUGUUCCUCAAGCUGCAAAAACGGGUUACCGAGCUGGAGCAAGAAAAGCAAUUCCUGCAGGAUGAACUGGACAGAAAGGAAGAACAGGCUCUCCGUGCUAAAGCUAAGGAGGAGGAAAGGCCUCCAAUAAGAGGUGCCGAGCUGGAGUACGAGUCACUCAAGCGUCAAGAACUUGAAUCUGAGAAUAAAAAACUGAAGAAUGAGUUGAAUGAGCUGCAGAAGGCCCUCACAGAAACACGAUCACCAGAGGUAACUGCUCCUGGUGCUCCUGCAUAUAAAGUCCUUCUGGAUCAGCUGAUUUCAGUCAGUGAAGAGCUUGAAGUACGCAAGGAAGAAGUGCUCAUCCUGAGGUCUCAGCUUGUUAGCCAGAAAGAGGCUAUUCAACCUAAGGAGGAUAAGAAUACCAUGACAGAUGCUACAAUCCUCUUGGAGGACGUACAGAAGAUGAAAGACAAGGGAGAAAUUGCACAGGCAUAUAUUGGACUGAAGGAAACAAACAGGCAAUCUCCUCAGGACUAUCAUAUGCUGAAUGAGGACGGAGAACUUUGGCUGGUUUAUGAAGGGUUAAAACAAGCCAACAGGUUGCUGGAGUCACAGCUUCAGUCGCAGAAGAAGAGCCACGAGAACGAACUGGAGUCACUGCGAGGUGAGAUCCAGAGUCUGAAGGAAGAAAACAACCGGCAGCAGCAGCUCCUGGCACAGAACCUGCAGCUGCCUCCCGAGGCACGCAUCGAAGCCAGUCUGCAGCAUGAGAUCACCCGCCUGACCAACGAGAACUUGGAUUUAAUGGAGCAGCUAGAAAAGCAAGACAAAACUGUUCGCAAGCUAAAGAAACAGUUGAAAGUAUUUGCCAAGAAGAUCGGUGAACUUGAAGUGGGCCAGAUGGAGAACAUAUCACCUGGACAAAUCAUUGAUGAACCUAUUCGUCCAGUUAACAUUCCACGUAAAGAAAAGGACUUCCAAGGGAUGUUAGAAUAUAAGAAGGAGGAUGAACAAAAGCUUGUCAAGAAUCUUAUUUUAGAGCUGAAACCACGUGGGGUAGCUGUCAACCUGAUUCCAGGACUACCAGCAUAUAUUCUCUUCAUGUGUGUACGCCAUGCGGAUUACCUUAACGAUGACCAAAAAGUGCGGUCACUGUUGACUUCCACAAUCAAUGGCAUCAAAAAAGUGUUGAAGAAACGAGGAGAUGACUUUGAAACAGUGUCCUUCUGGCUAUCUAACACCUGCCGAUUUUUGCACUGUUUGAAGCAAUAUAGUGGAGAGGAGGGUUUUAUGAAGCAUAAUACACCUCGUCAAAAUGAACACUGCCUCACCAAUUUUGAUUUAGCUGAAUACAGACAAGUCCUGAGUGACUUGGCUAUUCAGAUCUACCAACAACUUGUCCGAGUGUUGGAAAACAUUCUGCAACCCAUGAUUGUUUCAGGAAUGCUGGAGCAUGAGACUAUCCAAGGUGUCUCAGGGGUGAAACCAACAGGGCUGCGGAAGAGAACGUCCAGCAUUGCUGAUGAGGGAACCUACACUUUGGACUCGAUUAUUCGGCAGCUAAACUCCUUCCAUUCAGUCAUGUGUCAGCACGGAAUGGAUCCAGAGCUGAUCAAACAGGUCGUCAAGCAGAUGUUCUACAUCAUUGGGGCCAUAACACUUAAUAAUCUUCUCCUGCGCAAGGACAUGUGCUCAUGGAGCAAAGGAAUGCAGAUAAGAUACAAUGUGAGUCAACUGGAAGAAUGGCUGCGUGAUAAAAAUCUGAUGAAUAGCGGGGCUAAAGAAACACUGGAACCCCUCAUCCAGGCUGCACAGUUGUUGCAAGUAAAAAAGAAAACAGAUGAAGAUGCGGAAGCCAUUUGUUCAAUGUGCAAUGCACUGACUACUGCCCAGAUUGUUAAAGUUCUGAAUUUGUAUACUCCAGUCAAUGAGUUUGAAGAGAGAGUCUUGGUAUCAUUUAUACGUACAAUACAGAUGCGUCUGCGAGACAGGAAGGACUCUCCUCAGUUGCUCAUGGAUGCUAAACACAUCUUUCCUGUUACUUUCCCAUUUAAUCCAUCCUCCCUGGCACUGGAAACCAUUCAAAUCCCAGCCAGCUUGGGCUUGGGCUUCAUAUCACGUGUCUGAUCCCAAGGAUGUACCGUCAGUGUUAGCUGGAGAAUCAGUUGCCCGAUACCUUUAUCCAUUAAAACAUAGUGAGCCACUGAAAACACGUUUUCUGAGCAGUCUAUGUAUGUCCAGCUCUGUAGUAAGAGUAGCUGGAAAGCUACGUAACAGCACCACAGGUCGAAGGCUGGUAGAAAGGUGUGCAUUUGCGUUCAGUCAUUGCAUUUACAAGGACAUCACUAAUUCGUACAUUUCCAGAAUACGGAAAUAGGGCACGGACAAAAAUUGUGUCUUCAGCUGUUUAGAGACAUUUUUAGGUCUUCAGUAACGUAUUUAAAUAGUGUAAAUUAAACUCCAAGUGUAACCUUCUCAUAGGCAGGGACCAACAGGGACAGUCACAGUCCUGAACAAGGAAGACUUGAAAGUGAGGCGUUCUGUAGGAGAACACACAGUCACUUGGGAGCCUGUUACAUUUAAUUUGUAAAAACUGGAAUGGAGAAACACAAACUGGCAAUAUAUAAAGUGAUUUCUUAAACCACUUCCUUAUUUAUGUCAGACAUAAAUCCUAGUGAUAAGUCUUAAAGCUCACUAUAUGCUACAACUUAGGUGUUCAUUUGUUAGUACUGUGGUUUACCAAGCAUACUAAAUUGCUGCUGCGUAUUGUGUUCCUCUAAAUGUACGACAGUAUCAUACUAAGCACUAAAAAUAAAAUACUUCACUUUUUGUUGUCAACCUUAUUUACAGUUCAAUGCAGCCUGUUAUUCUAACUGGAUUUUUGCAAAUGAUAUCAAAUAACACCUGUAGAGGAAAAUGGUAACUAAGCACAAGUAGCACACUGG